ACUCGUGUCGAAAUUAUGUUGGCUUCAGUUGCUUGUAAAACAUUUUUCGAAAAUUCUCCAAAUUUUUUCUGUGGACGCUAUAAAUUCCAUGGCGUGCAGGGAGCCACCACAGACUGCGAUCGUCAUUAACUUGCUGAUUGGCGAUUUGGUUCAGGAUGCCGUCAACGAGCCGCUCAAGCUCUCCGAACAGAAGAACACCUGCCAGCGGCUCUUCGACAUUUUGGGCUUUCAGGCCGACGAAUGCUUUGAUGACGUGGACGGCGGCAGUGAUGUGGCCAUAACACCCAGUUCGAGCACCCUUCAGACCAUUUCAAAAUCGCGUCCAGUCGAGGCCAACAAGAGGAAUUGGUACGGUUGGAUGUCCAAGGCAUUGGCAGAAGAAAAUUCCGAGGACGAUAUUGAGAUCUUCAGGAAGAAUGAAAGCGAUGGGCUUAAGAGUAUCCAUUCGAUCGCAGUGCAGACGGAGCAGCCGCGCCGACGCCUCAGAUCGUGUCCUGUGGACCUUGCCCCCAUAACACUUGCACCCUGCGAAUUGACGCGCCACACGAUCUUCAUCGAUGCCGUUGCCGUGCCAAUACCGAACAUCCUAAAUCGGCCGCCAUUGGCCGAUCGCUUUUGCUAUAUGUUGACCGACUUCGCAUCGGCGCUAUAUUGUAGUCUCGCCAUCAUGUGUUGUUGCACCCCCAAUAUGUUGAGAUAAAUUAAAAGUGGCAACGCGAUGGGGCCUCUGUUUUGCUAAAAUAA